GAGGGUGAGGGUGUUCUUCACAGGCUCCGGGCAUCCUCAGACAGGUGGAGGAGACGUCCUCAAGCAGCUGAACCGCACCGCGCUCGGACUGGGCUGGGCUGCGGGACGAGCGGCGGCGUUCGCUGCGCGCGCUCGGUGCACGGAUCCCCCCCACCCCUCCUUCCUCCUCUUCUUCCUCCCUGCAGCUGAUGCCUCAUCCGAAAACAUGCUUUGGCUGAUUCCUCCUCAUCCUUAUCCCCCGCACACAUGCUCGGUAUUCCCAGCGCGCACGCGGGGAGGACGAGGGAUGUAGCCGCAGCUGGAUAAAUGAGGAGAACCCAUGGGCUUCAGCUUCUUCCCUGAGAUUCUCACCGUUUAACCGGGGAUAUCACACCGCCGCUCCGGUCAUGGAGAGCCAAGCAGUCGAGCCGCAGAGCUAUGAAGAUGUGCAGAAAAGCGGCUACCUCCGCAAACACAAAUCGAUGCACCGGCGGUUCUUCGUGCUGAGGGCGGCCUCGGAGCACGGUCCGGCUCGGCUCGAGUACUACGAGAACGAGAAGAAAUUCCGCAGUAAAUCACCUGUGCCCAAGAAGGUCCUGAACCUGGAGACCUGCUUCAACAUCAACAAGCGGGCGGAUUCCAAGAACAAGCACAUGAUCGUGCUCUACACCCGCAGCGAGAGCUUUGCCAUCGCUGCGGACAGCGAGGAGGUCCAGAAUGAGUGGUACCAAGCCAUGCUGGAUCUCCAGUGCAACUGUAAAACCCCUGAAGACUAUGGCAGCAGUGGGGAGUGUAGCUCUCCAUCUCCCAUCCCAACAUUUAAGGAGGUAUGGCAAGUCAAGGUUUGGCCUAAAGGUCUUGGACAUGCCAGAAACCUGGUGGGCAUCUACCGGUUGUGCCUAACUGAUAAGACAGUCAACUUUGUCAAACUCAAUUCUGACGUGGCCGCCGUGGUGCUGCAGCUGAUGAAUGUUCGCAGGUGCGGCCAUUCAGAGAACUUCUUUUUCAUUGAGGUGGGACGCUCAGCAAUCACAGGUCCUGGAGAGUUCUGGAUGCAAGUGGACGACUCUGUGGUGGCUCAGAACAUGCACGAGACCCUGCUGGAGGCUAUGAAGGCCCUGAGCGAGGAGUUCCGACAACGGAGCAAGUCUCAGUCUGUAGGAACAUCAUGUGGUGGUGGUACUGCUUCGAAUCCCAUCAGUGUGCCGAGUCGGCGUCAUCACCCGAAUCUGCCACCGAGCCAGGUGGGCUUUUCCAGGAGAGCACGCACUGAGACUCCAGGAACAGGUGGUAGCAGCACAAGCACUUCCCCCACUUCAAGACACGGGUUUCCAAGGGCAAGGACAGCCAGCAUUGGAGCCCGGUCAGAGGAGGGAGGAGCGAGCGCCAGAGGGACAUGGGCCAGUUCCAGCCCAAGUCUCAAUGGAUCCUGCUCAACUACUCCAACGCUAAGACCCAAACCCACCAGGGCCCCGACCCCAGCAAAGAUUACCUUGAGCCUUGCACGUUACACACCCAACCCUGCUCCCUCUCCUGCACCAAGCCUGUCCUCCAGUUCAGGUCACGGAUCUGAAUGUGGCCUAGUUGGGUCUGUGGUGGGAGGCAUGUCCAUUUGCUCCUACGCCCGUGUUUCUCAAAGAGUUUCUGUUUCAGGUUCACCGAGCGACUAUGGAUCCUCAGAUGAAUACGGCUCUAGUCCUGGUGAGCACUCUCUGCUAAUACCAAGUCUGUCUGGACAUCACUCACACGGAGAAGGCUCCUCCAGCUACAUAGUAAUGGGACAAAGAGAAGGGCUGCACGGCUCCCAUCAUUAUUCCAAAGGCAGACGGAUUUUGCGACGCUCGUCUAGUCGGGAGUCUGAGGCCGAGCGAAGGCUGCUGAGUAAGAGGGCUUCACUGCCUUUGGCAACUCAUGAAAGACUGACCCCGCACAGAAAAGAUGAAGAUGAUGAUGACGAAGAAGAGUACGCCAUCAUGUCACGGAGUACUAACAGAGAGAGGACAGAUCUGCAUCGGGGCUCAGAGAAUCCAGCAGUUCAGGCCAGGCGGCUUGAAGAUGAAGGGAAGAACAGGAAGAGGGCUGACAAAAGCAGGGCACAUGGGGGUGAAGGAGCAACUGUAGACAGCGGCUAUAUGUCAAUGUUACCCGGGGUGACAUCCCCGCCUGUUUCGCUGUCUCUUUCGAUGGGAAUGUAUGACUCCGGGGCUAAACCGGGGGCGGAUGACGAGUACAUGGCCAUGACCCCAAACAGUAGUGUGUCCCCCCCUCAGCACAUCCGCCAACCCACUUCAGAGGGCUAUAUGGUCAUGUCCCCUAACAGCAGCAGUUCUACAGACCUGCACGGGCUGGGCAUGUGGGAGAGCAGGGCGAGCAUGGAGAGCCGGGUAGCCGGUGAUUACAUGAACAUUUCCCCCAUCAGCAGCCGCUCCGCCUGCAGCACUCCGCCUUCACACCCUGAGCAGCACCAGUUGCAACCCAAAAUGUUCAACUCAUACUUCUCACUGCCACGAGCCUAUCAGCACACCCUCUAUACUCGCUUUGAGGAGGACUUGAACAAAGGAGAGGAAAAAAAAGACAGUAGUGGGAAUGACAGUGCUGGAAGGGGAGGGAGAACGGGGUACAACAAAAGAAACAAAAUAGCAGUGGGCUCUGCAGGAGGCUGCCAACUCUCCAUGUCCUCCUCUUCUUUCUCCUCCAGCUCUGCCAGCAGUGAAAGCCUUGAAGACAAGUCCCUAUCUACCGGCCGAGGGUUGAGUUUAUUAAGAACCGGGACAGAAUACAAAAGUGCAGGAACAUCCACAAAGGAUGGACGUCACCACCAAAAACGUUCAUCUAGCAGUAAAAGCCCGAAGCAGCAGAGGAGGGGGCGUCCCCUGAGCGUAUCUUCAGAUAUUGCAAAGGCAAACACUUUACCAAGGGUUAAGGAAAAUCUACCACCAUCAGGAUCCCAGAAUGUUGGGGACUAUGUCAGCAUUGUCUUUAAGGAAGACAGUGCAUACGAUAAGGGCAGGAGUGGACCGCCCAUUAUCCAUGGAACUCUGCGCCCCAUAAACCAGCCUCUCCUCGGUCACGAUAACCCUGCUAACCUUCCCCGCAGUUUCUCUGCACCGCUGUCCACCUCUGCAGAGUACGUGAAUAUGGAUUUAGGGAAAUCCACAACACCUCCAACUCAUGUUAGAUCCACCUUCAGUACCCUACAGGGUCCAGCAGCUGUCAUCCCCAAGGCCCGACAUGAACAUGGCUCAUCCUCUCCGCUGGCAGCAGAAGGUUACAGAGCAAAAAUAAACACUGCAACAGUGCCGACUGAUGUUCCAGUCCAUUUUAUUGAUAGCAAAGGUUCAGAUUCAAGGAACUCAGUAAGACCUGCCAUUCAUUCUAGUCAACCUCUAUCUAGAGAGCAGGAGACAAGUUUGGAGUCUUCCCCGGUUAAGUCCUUCCAGUCGCCAGACCGGAGCAGCAGACUGGUCCGAGGUAAUCAGCAGGGACACUUGAGCCACAGAUCUGAAGCAUUCAGCUCACCAUCAUCUUUACCACCAUACCCAUCUUCUUCUACCUCCCUCUUCUCUGAGGGCAACCAGGCAGCCAGCCGGCAGGGUUUGGAUUGCUCACUGUGGGAGAAUGGGCAGGCCUCCGGUUUGUCUGCCCCAUCUCCACCACAAGCCUCCACCUCAUCCACUGAACAAGGCCUUAACUACAUAGACCUUGACCUAGCCUUGAAGGAGAGCGCUCAGACUGGAGUGGAGCACACCUCAUCCGUCUACAAUGUUGGAGGGAGUACAAUGGGAAGCAGUGUUGGCUCUGCCCUUAACACUUACGCCAGUAUUGAUUUCUACAAAUCAGAGGAACUUCGAACGAGCCAGAACAGUAGAAAGGAUGGUCAAGACUGUUGAUCUCCAUCUCGGCCUCUGAUGCGACUGCUCACCACUCGCCUCGCCUCAUCAUUUGUUGCCACAACAGGAACUGUAAGCUGGAGUUGGAACGCUGAAACUGAGGAUUUCUCAUCCCGUCUGCUGUUUUCUGUCAACCAAAUGUGUGCCAAACACACACACACACACACAUUAACACAAACCCAUAUAUAUAAACUCUACACACAGCUACAUUUGAAGGAAAGGCUUUGCCUUGUUUGAACCAUUCUGACACCUGAUCUUUGUUUAACGUGGUACAAAGAAGGACUGAGCCCACAUGUGUCCAAUCUGUUGAUUAUUGACAAAGUUAUUUCAAACUUAAUUAAUGUAUUUAAGGCUAAAUGAAACUGUUGAAAUCCAGAAAAGCAAAUUAAAUCUUUUUGGCUGUGAUUUCAGAGCCGAUUGGCUUAAUUAAAGUUUCACAUAACAGAAAAUUAGCAGCCGUUUUUUUAUCUAAUCGAUCUGUUGAAUUUUAAUGUGGUUCUAUCUCCUCCUUCUUUGUAUAUAUAGUUUUAAAGAUCACCAGGUUAUCUUUUAGGUUUGAGCAAACAGGAAGAAAACAGGUGAACGCAAGUUUCUUAAACGCACCAUCUCACUGUAAACAGUUUAAAAUUACCAUCUACUGUAAAGUUGCCUAAAAAAGCUUUUAUACGUCUCUACUACAGCUCUUGUGUUACUGAGUUUCUUCAAAAACACUGCUAGAAAUAUUUUUACACAUAAAGACUCAACACAGCGCCCUUUACGUUUAUUUGCACUCCUGGUAAAGAUGUGUAAAAAAGCCUUUAAAUAAAUGAGUAUUUUACUGCAUCAGCAUAAUCUUAGUAAAAAAAAAACUUGAUCUUUAUUUUUAGAACAGCUUUAUUAAAGAUACAUGUUUACAUUUACUGUUUUAGGAUAAAAAUCUUAAUCCUGCAACUGGUAACUGGAUCAGUUUCUUGUGACGACUUGUCUAAGGUUUUAUUAAAGGGGGUUAGGAGAUUAAAAUUAAAAUUUUCUGUUGAUUCUUGGGAGUAAAUUUGGAUAUUUUGCUUGCUCAUCUUUUCAUGGUCUUUGGAGGAGAAAUAAGCCCACAGCACCACAGAUCCUCCUCCAUGCUUAUCAGGGGGCUUAGGGUGGUUAUAAAAAUUCCUCCUUUGUUUAAAACCUUAGUCUGCUUAGGAAAAGCAUUUUAUUUAAAUUACCAAACCAGCUCUACUUAAAGUCCUAGGGGCAUUUACCAGUCAUGUCUAUGAUUGUAAGGUGCAACUAUGGCCUAGUGGUUUUUACAGAGAAACUUGGUGGUAUAGAGUUGCAAACGUGCUGCAAAUACAUAAAUGUGCAGCAAAUAUAAAAAACAUAUCACAAACACAAAAACCUGAGGCUAACACAUAAACACAAACAAUAUGUGCAAAGGCCAAAUGCUGCAAAAGAGAGAGGCUACAAUUGCAUUGAAGUAACAGCAGAGUGCAAAUGCAAACACAAAACCCACUGAAAGAUGCUAACACACAAAAUAUGUGCAAAAAGAAGUGCUAGUUAAUAAAAGCUGGCUACUAGGGGGAGAUGAUCACUAACCUCAUUAUGGGACCAAAAUCUUAGUAAACCCAUAAAUGCGAUACUGAGGAAUAUUAAGUGUUAAGAAAGGAUUCAAAUCAGGCAUAUCGCUAAUGUUUUUUGUUAAUCAUCUGGUCCAUAGGUAGUAAUUUUAAGUAAUAUCUAUGAUCUGGUCCCAUUAAGGCUGUUUUAUGUUUGUAUGUCUGCAUGUGUGUUGCAGUUAAUGCAGGUAUGUCCCCGCCCCCUCCGCAGCCACUCUGCUGCACCUCUCAGAAAUUGUAGGUGACUGCAGACAGGAGGCCUCUGAUUGGUCAAAUCUACAUCCGCUCUACAGUAUGCGUAUUUCCUGUUUCUACCUUACCGGCUCGUUUUGUUUGUAUGACAAUUUUCCCCAUUGGGGAAAACGAUUCGUAAAGAUGGACCAGCUAUAAGAGCGAAGUACGCGAGAACGCUGGGACCCUUUUUCCACCUGGACCCCCGCUCUUUUUUGUCCUCAUCUCCCUACGUUGUCACACAAACUUGCCCCUCGUGUUUUUCCACUUCCUCACCGCCUAGGCCGUAUCUAGACCCACAGCUAGUUCGUGAUUGUCCCUCUUGCGUUGUGGCGCGGAAUAACAUAGUGCAGACCAUGCUUCAAAAUUUGGCAUAAAUGUAAAAAUAUCUGCGUCAUACCUGCGAUAAGAUCACUGCAACACACUGCUGUAUAACCAGGCCUUUAGAGUUCAUGAUUGUCUCCCUCUAGUGGUCGGGAGCAAUUCCUGUUAUGUGGAGCAAAAUUUCAGCUUUUCUUGCUUGCACUUGUUUUUGCUUCUCGCAGCAUUAUUCCUGUGCAUGUGUUUUUGUGUUAAUCUAAUUUCUGUUUUUGCAGCACAUCAAUGUCUUUGCAAUGCUUUUGCACCCCUCAGCCACCGAAAGAUCCCUAUAACAGUAUCUGGAGAUCUUAAAAUCGAAGCUUUUUGUUUUCCUCAAGCAGCCUUUGUUUUAUCCUACUGUUAUUUGUAAUUAUUGCUCCUACAGUAAAUAUGGACAUAUUUAGAUAUAUAGCCUUUUU